AUGGCGCCUAGGUCGGAGUAUUCGCGGUCUUCGACAAAUACCCGUAGUCUGUUCGAUGAUGAUUUUACGGAGAACAACAAGAACGCUUUCAUCGUUGGAACGCAUCCACUUCUUCAACGGGAUGUAGAGCUUGAUAGCUUCCUAGCGAAAAAAUCCGUUAGCGGCGAGGACAGAAGCGCAGACGACACUACCAAUCACACAGCAGCAUGGUGUCCAACAUGGCUUCGGUCAGGGACAUUGUUGGCGUUCGCCGCUUUGUUCCUCCUCUUCGGCGUCUCUCUCAUUGUCAUGUUUCAAUUCUCCCAGCAGAAUAGUGGUCUGGUCACCACACGGCAGAGCCUCGUUUACCUCUGGCGAUUUGGCCCAACAGCAAUCCUCACUCUGUUGUCUAUUUUCUGGUCAAGAGUCGAGUUACAAGCCAUUCGCUAUAUGCCUUGGAUCGCUUACCGCGACAACCCAUCGAUGGGCAGAGACGGGUACUCUCUCGACUACACAGCAAUGCUGUCGCCUUCGAUUCUUUAUCAAUCCUUGCGGAGAAGACACUUCCUUGUCUUCAUCAUCGCUGUUGUGUCUCUUUUCAUCAAGAUCCAGAUUAUUCUUGCCCCUAGUUUGUACAGCCUGGUCAGCUUUCAGGCUAAACAACCCGUCGAUGUUCGUGUGCUCGACUCGUUCAAUAUCAGUACUCCAGCGAUGUCCAACAGAGAGACUAGUGCAUACUACAUUGCAAAGGCCCUGCAGAAUCUCGAGAUGAAGCUACCAUUUGGGGUCACAAAGGAAGGGGCCUACCAGACGUUCUCGUUUCGUCAGGGCUCCGGGCGGGGAACAGAAACGGAACCGAUUACAGUUACUGUCGAUGGGUACUUUGCAGAGAUGAAAUGUCUGAAACUUAGUAAGUACUCGCAUACGGACCUCAAGGAAACAGGCCCCGCCAGGAGCUAUUACGCCUUCAACGCCAGUCUUUUGUUCGAGGGCUGUGAUCAGUCUGUCCCAGUCACCACCGAUCGAAUGAUGUGGAUCAAUUCCAGCCCGAACGAGACGACAUUACAGAGCAGUUGGAAUGUCAACAACCUCCUUAAUGAGCCAAAGCCGUGCUCAAACCUUCCACAACAACACAACCAGUCUUUGUACUACGCAACUCGCAUUGGACCGUCAGCAAAGAAUACAUCUCACCCUAAUGUUCUUAAUUUUGCGGCGAUCUUGUGCUCCUCGACGGCCUGGACAACCCCAGUGGAGGUAGUUGACGAUGGUGUGAGCCCGAAUAUGACGGUCAUACCGGGCGGGUCCAGAAGAACAGUCAACGCGGACCUCUGGUCAUUGUUGGGGAGCUCCAUCCCUGAAACAGUUGGUCUAUGGGCUGGCUCAGGGACCGGUACGAUCUUUGGGCCGAUCAUUACAGGUUUCCAGUUCAACGGAAAGGGAACGAACAAUGACACUGAUCCAUCACUAUUCACUAAUGAUGUUCUGUACGACGCGGUCAUGAACACGAGCAGUAUCUUGGGCCCUUUGAUCGGCCACUAUCGUCUGCGAGAAGAAAGCGAUUCCCAAACAACUGGAACAACAAUCGCCACCAUCGAAAGGCUGACAGUCAACCAGUGGGUCUCGCUGUCGAUGACAGCGCUAUUCUUCCUGCUUGCUGUUUUGACCGUAAUCGCCCUGCUUCGCUACCGAAAGAGGAUGUCAGUAUGGCACAGAGACCCUGCUACAAUUCUCGGAAGCAUGCUUUUCUUCCGCGACAACAUGGAUCUGUCAAACAACAUCAUGGCUUCUCAGUCGCGUAGUCUCGACAAUGAGUGGAGCUCUUGUGAAUUCACUCCCUUGGUACUGAGGACAUGGACACGUGUGCCGAUCUCUGUCCUGGUUCUUGCUAUCAUCGGUGGGCUGUACUACACUUUAAGUGUAUCGAAAACACAAGAAGGGCUUGCCUCUAUAAAUGCCGAUGGUUACUUACAUCUGCUGUGGACAUCUGUUCCAGCACUGGUAAUGCUUUGUGUUACUCUGUAUGUCGGCUGCUGCGACUUCGCAUAUCGAGGUUUGGCAACACUUUCAAGCCUUUCUCUGCGACCGUGUAGCGCACGAUUUCUCGAUAUGUCAUACCUCGACAUGAUGGGUCUAAGGGCAUUAUACUGGUCGGUCCGAAAGUGUGUUUGGGCUGUCACCCUGUCACAGUUGCUUACCUUCCUCUGCGCAUUUCUGACAACUCUUGCUUCGGUUAUGUUCACCGUAGACCCAGUGCCUAGCUCUACGAACGUCCAGCUGCGGCAGACAACAUGGUUUGGAUCACGUCAGAUGACGUUGAACAAUGCCGGGUCCUUCGCAGCAACGCGAGACUCAUUGAGCAGCCUUGUCCUGCGUAAGGGUGAUGGAGCCUUGACAUACCCACGGAACACCUACGAUGAUCUCGUUUUCCCGGUUCUUGACGGACUGCAAGGAACAGAGGUUUCUCCGAAUGUUUCUAUCCAGCUCAGCGUCCCGGCUGCCAAAUUGGCCCCUACCUGCGUCCAGUUGCCCGCCAGCACCUACAACAUCACAUUCAGGAACUACACCGAGGAGGACAAGUUCUUCGAGGUCCUUAUGGUCGAGUCGUUUGAUUGUCCUAAUGGAAAUCGAGCGAAGCUUCUGGGAAUCAUCUCUAUGAGCAGCGCUACGAACAGACUAGGCCGCUCAUACUUUUCGGACAUCCUUGAAUCACCAGGAAACACGUAUUCCAUCAACGGCCUUUGUAAACUUGGCUUGAAUAUGAGCGCUCCUGAUUACAUAUACUCCCCAUUUCGAUUUCAAACUUACGUUUGGGGAGAGUUCAACAAAGAAAGAAACGACCUUGACCAUCUCUCCAUCUGGAGAUGUAACUACACGUGGGUCGAGACGAGUACCAAGGUCUCAUUAUCCAUGGAGUCGGACGGCAUAUACAUUCUCGACCCCGAAAAGCCGCCGGAACCCGAUCUAUCAACUACGAAAUUCUGGGACCCUCCAUUUGACGUUCCUCACUUCGAUUAUCAGUUCAUCAACUUCCAAGCGGGUGACGCAUUCCCCACUGUUAGCCUCAACGACCCGCUCGCUGGUUCAAUGGAAAGGCAAUUCACAGUCUUGAUAGAGCCAUACGGCCAACUACCACUGAGCGCAUUGGGAGAUGCUAGCCAGGAAUCCAACGCUCUCGAUGGCCUGAAACACAACUUGGGGUUCAUUGGUGCCCAACUCGCCAACUUAGAGAAUCGCUUUGGCGUCACUGAAAAUUCCAGAAAUCGCCCUCCACCUGCUAAUGGUCUCCCAUUGCUUGAAGCAAUCAUUGUAGACAGAAGCAGACGACGUUUAGUCCAGAACCCCACUAUCACAUAUAUCUUGAUGGCGGUACUGGGCUUAGUGGCUCUUUGUAACAUAAUGGCAGUACUCUCCGCCGCUACGAGGCAUCUUAGUGGAAUCCCGCGGUUGUUCGAUAUGGAAGUGAAAGGGCUGGCGCCAGAUGGUUUCCAUAGCAUGGCGUCCAUGGUCAACCUGCUUCAGGGCUCAAAUGCACCAAGUCACCUACCACAGAGUGUUCAUUUACUGUCCAAGGGCGACCUCUACAGUCGUGUGGAUGAUUUGAGCUUCAGAAUGGGCUGGUUUCAAAGAACCCAAGGUCAAACUAGGCAUUUCACUGUUGGAGUACUGGGUGAUGAAGAGUUCGUGUAUUUGCACGAGGGUAAGGGCAUCAGAGACACAAUAUGA